AUUCAACUGGUUAUAUAACUGUAGGUGUUGAGGGCAAUCCAGCUCCUUCAUUUAAAUUUUAUAAGGGCAUGACAGAACUUCUUCAAAUGGAAGGAGGUAGAUUUAAAUUUGUUACUGAUGGAGAAACAAACUCCAUAACUCUUUGCAUAAGAAAGGUCAAGCCCAAUGAUGAAGGAAAAUACAAAAUUGUGGUUAGCAACAUUCAUGGUGAAGACUCUGCUGAGAUGCAACUUUUUGUAUCAGAUGCUAGUGGUAUGGAUUUCCGUGCUAUGUUGAAAAAACGGAAAUAUGCAAAAUGGGAUAAAGACAAGGAAGAUCCUGAUUGGGGAGACCUAAAAGAAACAGAAAAACAAGUUCCCCAACUGAAGAAAGUGGAGAGGAAACAAGAAUCAUUCUUGAAACCUUUAGUGGACCAAUUAGCCAAAGAAGGCAAAGACAAAAAG